GCUGGCCUUACCUUAAACCGCGAAGAUAAACAGCGCCUGAAAGAUUUCUAGACCGUUAUCACUCACGCCGCCUGCCUCACGUUCACACCACUAUUGACACAGAUUCCUGCACAAUCUCGCCUGUGACGGACGUGUUCUCUUAUCACCAAGACACAGAGUUCAAAAUAGCAUCAAAACAACGCUGGAACAAGUCCUUUAACUCUAGAUAGCGACGAACGGUUUAGAAUUUAUUUCCUGCUGAUUAGAGCUUGUUUUCCAAUGUAAAUAAGAAGCUACUCGGUAUCGUUGGAAUUAAAGCCGAAGUGGACUGACUUUAAGUUGUUAUUCGCUUGAAGGUGAUAGGUAAAUAGUGCUGUGAAUAUAGUUAUAAAAGGAGUUGAAUGAAAACAGAUAGCUCUUUUAUUAUUUUAUAAAUAAGUGCUGUGAUAUUAUUUAAAAUGGUUUAUACAAUAGGAAGUAAUAGUGUGGAAAUAAAUAAGGAUGUUAGCAAAGGAAGUGUUUGGAAAGAACUACUAUUUGCUUUUAUAGCCAGCGUUCCAUUCUUCACCCAAGGAAUUGAAACUGACGCGCUGACAUCGACCGCGCACGCUGGCAACUUCGGGUCCCAGGCGCCUGGCGCUCACGUGCCCGGCACCCAAGUGACAUGGGGGACCACGGCGCACGUGCUGGCGGCCGCGGCGGCGGCGCCGGUGCUGUGUUGCGUGGUGGAGAGGUUCGGGCGGAAGGUCGGGAUAUUCAUCGUCAGUUUAGUGCAAGGGAUAUCCUGCAUACCCCUUCUACUGGACGUCAACGAAAUCAGCACCAUAGCUCUACACAUACUGGCUGGCAUAUCAUCAGGUGGCCUGUAUACCAUCUUCCCGAUAUACAUCCGUGAGAUCAGUUCCGUACAAAACAGAGGGUUAGCCCUGUCUCUGUUCAUGCCAAUGACGGCAGCGGGGUAUCUAAUGAGACUUGUUACGGAUUUGGACGCGCUAUUGUUCUUGAUGGUGGGUCUUGUGGUGGUUCAAAUGAUCAUGGUGUUAUGUCUGCUGGAAUCCCCGAGUUAUUUGGUCGUGAAAGGGAAUCAUGAGAGAGCAAAACUAGCGGUGUCUAGAUUAAAAUGCCUGCCGCUUGAGCACCCGACCAUGAUACAAGAAGUCGCCAACUUGAAAGACGAAAGCGACCGAGCGAGGGCUGCGGGGAAAUUGCAUACGAUAACAAUAAUUAAAAACCCGAUAUGGCGCGACGCCACCAAAAUCGGCCUGGUCCUCCACAGCACCAUGAUCCUGAGUGGCAGUAUCAUCUUCCUGGAUCAGCACAAGACUCUGGCCCAGCUGGGGUCACCGGCAGACCCUGACAGGGUGCUUACGCUGGCUUGCUUCUCCGCUGGAAGUUUUCUAUGUACAGCCGUCAUACGAGUAAUGGAAAGAAAUUACCUCCUAACCAGCGCAUUCUUCGUGAUGGCCGUGUCAAUGGGCACGCUGGCGGUGUACACGCAGGCAGAUCUGACGGUGUACACGUUCCGCUGGGUACCCGUAGCCGCUCUCGGGGUACUCAUAACAGCGUACGGCGUGGUUUGGGGGCUACCCGCGCUGGUGAUAACGGAGCUGUUUAACUGUGAGAUCCGAUCACACCAGCUAGCCCUCCUCUACGUGUACUCCCAGCUCAUAAAACUGGCUCACGUGUACUCCUUCCCCCACAUCGAGGCCUACGUGGGCGUGUACACCAUGUUCUACGUGUUCGUCGGCGUCAACCUGUUUGGGGCAGUGUACUGCUUGUUCCAUAUACCGCAGCUUAGGAAUAAAACAACGAGACAGAUCGAAAGGCAACUGAAGAGAGUACCGCUUUUGAAAAUGUAAACUAGUAAUAUGUG